AUGGCAGGGGAUGGGGAGCUCAACCGUAUCAUCAAGGACCUGCAGACCCCGCGGGCAGGGGGCAUCAGGGUGGAGGAGGAGGAGGACACGGAGGUGAAGGAGGAUGAGGAAGAUAAAGAGGAGGUGGAAGAGAAGGAUGACGAGGAGGAGGACGCGGAGGAGGACGAGGAGGAGGACGUGGAGGUGAAGGAGGACGUGGAAGAGGAAGAUGAAGAGGAGGAGGACGACGAGGAGGAGGAGGACACGGAGGCAGAUGUGGAGGACGUGGAGGCGGAGGAGGGUGCGGAAGAGGAGGGUGAAGGGGUGAUGGAGGAGGAGGAUGACGAGGAGGAGGCGGAGGAGCGUGCGGGAGAGGAGGAUGAAGAAGGGCUGAAGGACGCGGAGCUGGAGGAGGCGGGCGCGGCGGGGCGGGGGGACCCCACCCGCGACAUGAAGGGGCGGCUGCGGGAGCUGCUGCGGGAGAAGGAUGCCCUGUGGCAGAAGACGGAGGGCAUUGACACCCCGAUGCCCAACCCGCCGCCCCACAAUGCGGGGCUGUGUGCCCGCUGCCGCAAGGAUUUCCGCCUCCUCUCCCGGCGGUACAACUGCAGGUGGGCUUGGGGGGCACUGGGGGUGGCACAGGGUGGCACGGUGCUCACCACCCGCUCUCUUGCCAGGCUCUGCCAGGGCAAGGUGUGCCACGCGUGCUCCGUGGACGCAGGCAAGCAGGGGCGAUGCUGCCUGCUUUGUGCUAGCCCCUGUUGCCCAAGCCGGGGCGGAAAGGUCCCGGUUGUGUAA